AUGUGCUCAGAAGAUAAUUCGGAUUAUCGUCUAGCCACUCCUUCUAGCCCAGUUUCCAGAUUAAAUCUGAUAUCGCGCAUUACAAACAAAUCACCUUCGAAUAGUCGAAGCAACGUAACAGAUAAGAAUCGCAUUCUACGAGACGUGGACGUGGUGUGGACGUUUUUCGAUCACCUCGGCCAGGAGCUGAUUUACACGGCUUGCGUGGGUCUGCUCGAGAGAGCGUUCCGUUGCCUCGGGAACGAUCUGACGGCCUUCCUGACCACUCUCGACGGCGUGAACGACGUCGUGCAACACCAGUCCGGCUCCGAGGCAGAGGCCGAGUUCGUAUGCAUCGCCACGCCGGAAGCGAUCGAGCUGCAUUUCACCACUGACCACCCGUCUGCUGCCUAUCUGCUGGUCGGCAGCUUGAAAGGCAUCGCCAGACAGUUUUACAACGACGAUGCCACAGUACAUAUUCUACCCGAUCCCUACAGUAACAAAUUUUUUAGGUAUCGCAUCACUCCAGAGCGCUAUAGCGAACAUUUGGUGGUCGAUCCGGAGAUCGGCGAUAAUCUCGACACGGUUACGUCCCUAUUCCGUCCACUGUCGACCGAAGCCACGGACCUACGUAUGGGGGUAGCAAGCUUCUGCAAAGCCUUUCCAUGGCAUUUCGUGGUCGACCGGCAAUUAGAGCUUGUGCAGCUUGGCGUCGGAUUUAUGAGGAUCUUCGGGCACCAUCUGAACCGAUUGGGCAGAGAAAUAUCGACGUACUUCGCUUUUACACGGCCGCGCGGAGUCACAUUAACUUUCCACGAGAUACUGAAACACGCGAACACACCUUUUGUCCUCACCCUCCAGAGACCGCUGGGCGUCGAUAAAUAUCCCGCCGAGGGUUUAGAGAUGAAAGGUCAGAUGGUCCAUUGUCCGGAAUCGGAUUCCAUCCUAUUUGUGAGUUCGCCGUUCCUGAACGGCCUGGAAGGGCUGACUGGUCGAGGACUUUUUAUAUCCGAUAUUCCAUUACACGACGCCACGAGAGACGUCAUCCUGGUGGGGGAACAGGCCAGGGCACAGGAUGGAUUGAGAAGACGAAUGGACAAGCUGAAAAGUUCUAUAGAAGAAGCAAAUCUAGCUGUGUCUGCCGAAAGGGAGAAGAACGUCAGCUUGCUUCAUCUUAUAUUCCCUCCAGAUAUAGCGAAACGUUUAUGGCUGGGAGAAACAAUCGAAGCAAAAACUUAUCCCAAAGUGACAAUGCUUUUCAGCGAUAUCGUUGGCUUCACGGAAAUUUGUUCCACCGCGACACCAAUGAUGGUCAUCAACAUGCUUCAAAAUCUUUACGAGCAGUUUGACUCAUUUUGUGGCCAGUUAGAUGUUUAUAAAGUGGAAACAAUUGGCGAUGCCUACUGCGUUGCGUGUGGCCUCCAUCGUGACACUUAUAUUCAUGCACAGCAAAUAGCUUGGAUGGCCCUAAAAAUGAUACAAGCGUGUUCUCAUCAUUUAACUCACAAGGGCAAACCGAUAAGGAUGCGUAUUGGCAUUCACACUGGGAUGGUACUGGCAGGUGUUGUUGGGAAAAAGAUGCCAAGGUAUUGUCUUUUCGGGCACAAUGUCACCUUAGCUAAUAAAUUUGAAUCUCUGAGCGAACCACUUCGCAUCCACGUUAGUCCAACGACAUAUGUGUUACUGAAGCACCCCAUAUCGGGAUUUGACCUGGAACCACGACCAAAAGAAUUCCUACCGAAGGAGUUCCCAGCUAAUAUAGAGGGGACGUCUUACUUCCUGAAUGGCUACAAACACAAGGACGUCGACGUGACUCUUCCGUUGGAUCUACAUAUUCAGAGCGCGAUCAGGGAAUACGAGCUCGUGUAG